CCUUGCAGCCUACGACAGACGGUGAUGGUGCGGACACAUGGCAGCCUGACCAGAGAUGAAGAAAUCAAUGAAGCUUCGUGGGUGGCCGCCCGGGGCGCUGCUGCAGGAGCUGCAAAGGCAUUGGGGUCUUCUCUCCCUCGCAGCUGCAGCAGCAGGCUAUGCCUUUUCGCCUCUAUAUCGAGGCCUCACCUUCCAGUUCAAAGUCUUCUUGCAGAUGUCAGGCAUGACAGCCGGGGCUAUCAUCGAUGCAGACAGAAGACUCAUCGCGCACGAAGCCAUGGUACGCAAUCGCAAGAAAAUAGCCCGAGAUGCCGAAGUCUGGCGGAGGUACGAAGAGGACUACCAGCAGCUAUUAGAUGAAGCAAAUAAGGCUCCCAAAGAGGAUUGAAAUCCAGAGUGAUGUGUCUGACCAAAUCUUUCUCAUCCAAUGGCGCCUCAAAACAGCAUCAGUCUGGAGGAGUCGGUUGAACAAACACCUCAAAU